AUGCACUCUUUGUACAAGCUCCUGCUUUUUCAUUUUCUAUCAUGUUUUGGACUUCACACACUUGGGAGUCAAAUCAUAAAUGGUACGACGGUCCCAGAGAACUUAAUGGUGUACAUGGCCUCGGUGCAGAACAUCGAAGAAAAACAUGUAUGUGGAGGAUUCCUCAUCAGUGAAGACUUUGUGGUCACUGCUGCGCACUGUAUUAAUGCGAAACCUACAAGUGUUGUUGUUGGCACCCACAAUCUCAAGAAGAUGGGUAAUUACGCAAUGAGAUACAGCGUUAAGACAUGCAAGCAUCCAUCUUACAUAGAUGUCCGAACAGGGGAUGACAUCAUGCUCCUUAAACUGUCUAAGAAAGCUCGACUGAACAAAAGAGUACAACCGAUUCAACUUCCAAAAAAUGAGAUCAAGCUAGAAGAUAACAAAAAGUGCAGCGUGGCUGGAUGGGGUUUCACAAAAACUGGAGGUGAAGCUGUUGAUGUGCUGAAAAGGGCAGAUGUGCCUAUUGUUAACCUGGACGUCUGUAAGAAGGAAUGGUGCAGUAUUUGCUUCAAUCUUCCUGCCAAUAUUAUCUGUGCAGGUGGAUAUGGAACAAAAAAAGGAUUCUGUCGGGGUGAUUCUGGUGGUCCUCUGGUGUGUGACAAGAAGGCAGUUGGUGUUGUGUCUUUCAACAUGAAGGAAAACUGUGACUACCCAAAUGCACCCAAUGUCUAUACAAAUAUAUCAAAAUACCUUCCAUGGAUCAGAAAGACUCUCAAGCAAGGGCAUUGUUAA